CCCAUUUUGCUCGACGUAAUUAUCUUUAUUGAUACUUCAGUUAAUACAUACAUCCUAUUGUCUACAUACAUGAUCCCACUUUCUGGCGUGUAUACACUUGUAUUAGGAUUACCUAGACUUAUCAGACCUACGCUGUUCAAGACAGAGAACAUGAGUGUUGUUGCUGUCGUCAUCAUUUGCUGCUAUGUUGUGCACGCUGCACACGCUGUGGACAUCUGUGGACAAAACUGCAACAAUUCUAAAUGCUUGUCGGAACCCGGAAGUGGAACAUUUAGAUGCAGUGACGGAUGUGUCGAUGGCUGGACAGGUCAGAUGUGUCACCGGAAGUGUCGUAAAGGAUGUAGGUCAUGUGAUCAGGUGACCGGGGAAUGCCGGGAAAACUGCCUUGUAAAUUGGUGUGGUACAAACUGUGAUUCCUUUUGUGGAUCUGGAUCCAUUGAAGGGAGUACAAAACCAGGCUGCCUGGAUGUAUUAUGCAAUCAUUGUGUGGAGGGUCUGUACGGUGAUGAUUGUACUGAAGCAUGCCCCGCCAACUGUGACUUCGGAUGUAACAGGACGUCUGGACAGUGUGACUAUGCGUGCAUCCGGGGCUACCAUGGUCCUUCCUGCAGCGCCCCCUGCACGACCACCUGUAAGGACGGUUGCAGUCAGACCGACGCCUCGUGCCUUGGUGGCUGCCAGAGGGGCUGGCACGGACGCUUCUGUAACAUGUCCUGCAACAACAACUGCCUUCACGACAUGUGCUACCAGGAUACCGGGAACUGUACUGUCGCUGUCCAGUAUCCUCUCUACAUUUUCCCCAAGUGUAAACCUGUAAGAACAGGAUCUGUGGUUAUUGGGAACUGUAGUGUCGGCUGUGAAGCUGGGUGGAGAGGUGCGAGAUGCAACCAGAGGUGUCCAGCAGCGUGUUAUUCCUGUAGUCAGUUCCCUCACACCGAGCUGUGCACCUACACCAUGGACGUCACGAAAACCCGCACACAUGGAUACUCUCCUGACACAGCGGACACAUUGAAGAUCCGCGUCCUGUAUGCCUUCCUCCUGGUGAUGCCGCCCUUCCUCAUCGUGGCGGUGGUGCAGGUUAUAUGCCUGAAUUAUGUGAAACACAAGAACAGAUUUUGCAGGCGAAAACAAUAUGAAGUGUGUGAAACAAGCAACAGUGAAAACAUCGUUUGAAUGCACAACUUCCAUAGUCUUGGCGUACCCUGCCCUGAAAACGAUCGCGCCGUUCAGAGCACACGAUGUUAAGGAAACUUUCUCGUGCAUUUUUCUGUUAAUAGUCAAUCAGAUCGCAGACGUGCAAUGUGAAAUUUUUACUUUUUAGUGUGUUUGUCUACACGAUCAAAUAAACAAAGCAACUCGGUUAGAUAGCGGUAGGGAUUCUGACUCAGAAUACCAAAUACACAGUAUCUUCUGACUAUAGACGUUCAGCUUUUUUCAUCAAUGUUUCGUGUAUUGACUAGUGAUAGAUUUAGACUUUUAAAGGUACAUGUAUAUAGGUUUUACACUGAACAUAGUUGAAUUCGGGUUAAAACGAACUUGGUCAGUUGACCUUGUCACAUCCUUUCCUUAUAUGUAGUGCUGACGUUGGUUGUAACUAUUUUAGAUGGAUACGAGAUAUUCCUAUAAUUUCCAGUUAUAAUAUGAAAACUAGAACCCGCGAAGAUGCCGGUUAGAAUGGGUCUUCAUCAACACAUGCUUGUGAAGAGGCGACUAAUGAGAUUGGGUGGUCGCUGUCUUGAUUGACACAUGUCAUCGUAUCCCAAUUGGGUAAAUCGACGCUCAUGACGCUCACUGGAUUGUCUGGUCCAGACUCGAUUAUUAACAGACCCCCGUCAUAAAGCUGGAAUAUCGUUUAGUAGCAACAAAUAAUGUAAUACUGUAUAUCGGUCAUCUAAACUGCUUUCCUGUUCUUGUAGCGUCACAUAAAUAACAUUAGACAUCAGUGAACUCGGUUCGUCACAGGGUCAUUACCAGUGCUGAACACUUAGUGGUGCACGGAUAACAGUACUAGUGAAAUAAGGGAAAUGAUUCUGGUUGCCAGAAACAUGAUCCAGGAAGCAAUUAAGACAAGGAAACUGGACGCAAUCAACAAGAAAAUGUGAUUUCUGAGUGAAAUUCAUUGAUUCAAAAAUACGUUCAACGAAAUCCGUUCUUUCAGAAUAUACACUGCUGUCUUGCAUUUUCAGUGCAGUUUUGCAUUUGUCCAAUGACACUGUUUACUUCUGUAGCUUUCUUCAUAUUUCUUUAUGUUUAUGUUUAUAUUGUCUAUAUAUGAAUUGGAAUAUAAAACGUAAAUGGUG